AUGCUGUCGAUUCUCAGAAAAGCGCGGCUCAAGGACAAGGAGAUGCGCAUCCUCAUGCUUGGCCUUGACAAUGCCGGCAAGACUACAAUUGUCAAGAAAAUCAUGGGGGAGGACGUGAAUACAGUCAGUCCAACCUUGGGCUUCAUCAUCAAGACCAUCGAUUACGACGGGUACAAGCUCAACAUAUGUGAGGGCCCACCCAGACACGCGGAUGUGCAGCGUCUCACUCUAGCAGGGGAUGUCGGCGGACAGAAAACGCUGCGGUCGUACUGGCGGAAUUACUUUGAGAAGACGGAUGCGUUGAUCUGGGUGGUAGAUGCAACAGAUCGACUCAGGACCGAAGAUUGUCGCGAGGAGCUCCACGGUUUGCUCCAAGAGGAGCGUCUGGCUGGGGCCAGUCUACUAGUAUUCGCCAACAAGACAGACGUCGCCGGUUGUAUGGACGAGAGAGAGAUCAUGACUGUGAGCACCGUCAUGGUCAUGUUUGAGUUUGUGGGAUAA